UUUAGUGAACUUAUUGAUCGUCCUCGUUCUGAGUUGACAGAACUCGAACUUCAAAAGUUAGAAGAGUUCGAAUUUGCCCAUGGACCCAUGUCACUUAUCCAGAAUGCUGUUAAUAACAACACACCCAUAGUGAUUUCAUGUCGUAAUAACCACAAGUUGAUAGGCAAAGUGCGUGCUUUCGACAGACACUGUAAUCUCAUUUUAGAAAAUGUCAAAGAGCUUUGGACGGAGACAUCCAAGAACAACAAGGGCAAGGCUACUAAGUCAAUCUCGAGAGAAAGAUUCAUUUCCAAAUUGUUUUUAAGAGGAGAUUCUAUUGUGAUCAUAUUGAAGGCAUGA